GGGGACCCCCGGGGGGGUGUCGGGAUUUGGGGGGGUCCGGGGGGGUCCAUGGGGAGCGUCUGGAAGCGGCUGCAGCGCGCGGGGAAACGCGCGGCCAAAGUUCGCUUCGAGGCGACCCUGGAGGAGCUGCUGGUGGAGGGGGGGGGCAGCUGGACCCCCGACAGACUGACCGUGGUCUGGAGCCGGCGGCACCGCAGGGUCUGCUCCAAGCCCCGCAGGUGGCAGCCCGGCAUCCAGAACCCGCAGCGGGGGAUGGUCGUGUGGGUGGUGCCCGAGACCCUCGAGGUGGUCGUGACCCUGUACCGGGACCCCCAGGCCGCCUCCUUCGAUGACAAAACCUGGAACUUCCUCGUGGUGAACGAGUCGCGCGGUCACCGCUCGGUGGUGGCCGCGGCCCCGCUGGAGCUGGGGGGGCUGGCGGGGGUCGGGGACACCCCCCUGUCCCUGUCCCUGCGCCCCAGAACCCGCAGGGUGACAACGGCGACACUGCGGCUGCGGCUGCGCGGGACCGUCCUGAUGGAGGGACACCCCACGGACGAGGACAUGCAGAGUGUCACCAGCCUGAGCCCCCCCGGGGACGUGGCCGACCUGGGGGACUUCGAGAGCGACCCCGAGGAUGAGGGGGGGGCGCACAGGGCGGGGGGGGGGGCGCCCCCCGCACCCCGAGCGCCCUCCCCCAGCGGGGACCCCCCGACUCUGGGGACACGGAGAGACCCCCCAGAGCCGGGGGGGGACCCGGAGCCGCCCCCCAAAAUGACCGCGGGCCCCCCCGGGGGUCGCGGGGCGCUCCUGGCCUGGUGCCGGGGGGUCACGGCCGGGUACCGGGGGGUCGCGGUCACCGAUUUCGGGGGGUCCUGGAGCAGCGGGUUGGGGUUCUGCGCCCUCCUGCACCGGCUGCGACCCCGCGAAAUUGACUUCGACGCUCUGGACCCCCGCGACCACCGGGGCAACAACAAACGGGCCUUUGACGCCUUCGCGGCUCUGGGGGUCCCGCGGCUCCUGGACCCCUCGGACAUGGAGACCCCCGACCCGCUCGGGGUCAUGACCUUCCUCAGCCAGGUCCGCGCGCUGCUGGGGACCCCCCCGGGGACCCCCCCGCACCCCCGGAGUGACGUCACCGAGGGGGAGACACCCCCUGAUCCCCUGAGUGACGUCACCGAGGGGGGAACCCCCCCGGAACCCCGGAGUGACGUCACUGAGGGGGGAUCCCAAAUGACCCGCCCGGAAACGCCCCCGCACCCCCUGAGUGACGUCACUGAGCGGGGGAAUCCCCCGGAAUCCCGGAGUGACGUCACCGAGGGGGGGACACUCCCUGAUUCCCGGAGUGACGUCACUGAGGGGGAGCCACCCCUGGAAUCACAGUGUGACGUCACCGAAGGGGGACCCCAAAUGACCCCCCCGGACCCCCAGAGUGACGUCACUAAGGAGGGGACAUCCCCGGAUUCCCAGAGUGACGUCACAGAGGGGGGAGUCCAAAUGACGCCCCCAGAGACCCCCCUGGAUCCCCGGAGUGACGUCACUGAGGGGGGAACACCCCCGGAAUCACAGAAUGACGUCACCGAGGGGGGACCCCAAACGACCCCCCCAGAGACCCCCCCUGAUCCCCGGAGUGACGUCACCGAGGGGGGACCCCAAACGACCCCCCCGCGCCCCCGCAGCGGCUCCAGCGAGGGGGAGCCCCAGGAGCCCCCCCGGGACCCCCAAACCCCCCCAGAGACCCAAACCGGGACCCCCCCGGAGCCCCAAAUCGGCGUCACCGAGGGGGGGCCCCCAGAGACCCCCCCAGAGCCCCCCCGGAUGGAGCCCGGCCGGGGGGCGGCGCCCCCAGACCCCCAAAUGGGCGCUGGGCAGGGGGGGCUCCCCCCGGACCCCCCCAAAAUCGGGGACACCGAGGGGGGGCCGCUCCGGGACCCCCAAAGUGACGCAGCCGAGCCCCCCCCGCCCAGCCCCCCCUGCUCCGAGCCCCCCCGGGACCCCCAAAAUGACGCUUUGGAGGGGGAGCCCCCCCAGUCCGGCGCCAUUGAGGGGGGGCCCCCCCAGGCCCCCUCCCCCUCCUUUGGGGGGGUCUCGGCUGGGUCCGGGCGCCCCCCCCGGCCCGCGGGAAUUGGGGGGGGUCUCCCCACGCCCCCCCCCCGCUCCCGGAGCCUCUCCCGCCUGCGGGACCCCGACCUGCGGCGCCGGCGCUCGGGGAGGGGCCGCGACCCCCCCCCCGAAGCGCGGGGGGGGCGGGGGGGCGUGGCCGUGGGGACCCCCCGGGGGGGGGAUUCGGGGUCACCCCCGUGUCCCCUCCCCCCCCCAGAGACCCCAAAGGAGCCCCCGGAGCCCCCCGAGGAGGAGAGCGGGGGACAGUGGGUGGUGGCCGAGCUGGUGGCCCUGGAGCAGGAACAGACGCGCUUGGACGCUCAGGCGCCGGCGCUGGAGCGGGAGCUGAGAGCGCUGAUGGACAGCGGCGCGGACCCCGCCCGUGAGGAGCGGCUGCUCCGGGACUGGUUCGCGCUGGUGCAGCAGCGGAAUUUGCUGGUGCGGCGACAGGACCAGCUGCAGCUGCUGGCGCAGGAGCGGGAUCUGGAGCGGCGCUUUGAGCUGCUGAGCCGGGAACUGCGGGGGCUGCUGGGGACAGAGGAGUGGCAGAAGCCCCCGGCCCAGCGCCAGCGCGAGCAGCUCUUACUGGAGGAACUGGUGGCACUGGUGAACCGGCGGGACCGGCUGGUGCGGGACCGGCACCGCCGCGAGACCAGGGCGCAGGAGGAGGAUGAGGAGCUGGAGCGGAGCCUCGACCCCCGGCGCCGCCGCUUCGGCCGCAGGGAAACGUGCGGGAUCUGCUGAGGGACCCCCGGGACCACCCCGGGACCCCCAAAAAUCCCCGGGACCCCCAAAUCCCCCCCCAGGACCCCCGCGGUGCCCCCAGACCCGGCGGACGCGGCAAUAAAGGAGAUUUUUCUGUGUG